CCAACUUUGAGGUGUUUCGUUCUUUUUUGUUUCUGUUAAUUUUGUACCUCAGCCUUUUGGCAUUUCCCAAAAAUCACUUUUUCCCAAAAAGGAAAACAAAGACUAAAUAUCUCAUUAGGGCCUAUGUAUGCUCAUGACAGAUUAAUGACAGAUUUAUAAACUGCCAUUAAUGCCAUGUGUGUAUACAUGUACCUUUGUUAUUAUUUUUUCUUCAAAUUAUUCUCUUAAGUGUUGGUGCUGCUGUAACAAGUGAACUUCCCCACUGUGGGAUCAAUAAAGCCUAUUCUAUUAUAUUAUGUUCUAUUCAUCACAGCACUUGAGCUACUCUUGAAUUUUUAUUUUCUUGAAUUUGCUUCUGAGGAGACAACAUUUACUGAAAUGACCUCUGAGUGACCAUUAGAGGACCAUAUCAGGCUAACAAUGGAUUGUUCGUGCACGCAAAACAGAGACUAAAGGAUAAUUGUAGCUUUUUUUCACUGUAUUUUUAAGCAAACAUUCAAUGUAAGUUCCCCAACAGAGUGAGUUUUUGACCUGCGCUUCAUGAACCAGUUACAGGUGAAAACUAAAGCCAGUUAAGCAGAUUUACAUGUAUUUUAUUAACAUGUUUUCUUCAGAUUAAACAAGAGACAUGUAAAAGCUUGGUUGUUUUCUAUUUCAGAACAUUUUCAGUCUCCUGGCUACAACACUUCCUUCUAUAAUGUGUGUGAGGACUUUGCAAACUUAGGUUGCCUUUACAUUCAGCACCCAUCUGAUCCAGAGUUGCUGAGCAAAGAGGAGAGAGGAGCGUCAGAGGAGUGUAAUUCACCACAUCAUCCACCGUCACAUCAUCUGUCAGCUUCAGAAACAUCCACCUCUGUACGCAAAGGAACCCUGUGACUGUUGGCUCCAGAAAUAGAAUCUCAUUCACUUGAAGUGGAACCUCCACAUCAGCCAUGGUAGGCAUCCGCGGUGGACACCAGCUUCUGUGUUAGCUGAACCUCCUACUACAAACAUGUGGAUGAGUUUUGGCAAAGCGUCUCGUUUGAUUCUCCACAGUGCAACAGGUGACAUUCCACUUCCGCACACAGCUGUGUGAUGAUGAACGCACAGUGAUAGACGACAGCAGAGUGGUGGGGACACCCAUGGAGAUAGUGAUCGGCAACAUGUUCAAACUGGACAUCUGGGAGGCCUUGUUGUCCUCCAUGAGGGUCGGGGAAGUGGCAGAGUUCUGGUGUGAUACCAUCCACACAGGUGUUUACCCGCUUGUGUCCAAGAGUAUGAGACGCAUAGCAGAGGGCAAAGACCCUGUGGAGUGGCAGGUGCACACAUGUGGCAUGGCCAACAUGUUUGCAUACCACAGCCUGGGCUAUGAAGACCUGGAUGAGCUGAUGAAAGAACCGAAGCCUCUCUUCUUUGUGUUGGAGCUUCUAAUGGUGCAGCAGCCUAGCGAGUACAACAGGGAGUCGUGGGCUCUGAGUGACGAGGAGAGGCUGAAGGUGGUUCCUGUGCUGCACGGUCAGGGAAACAAACUCUUUAAACAGGGACGCUACCAGGAGGCAGCGCAGAAAUACAAAGAGGCCCUCAUCUGCAUCAAGAAUGUUCAGACGAAGGAAAAAGCUUGGGACGUCCCAUGGCUGAAGCUGGAGAAGAUGGCAAACACUUUAACACUUAACUACUGUCAGUGUCUCCUCCGAAUGGAAGAAUACUACGAGGUCAUCGAGCACACGACAGAUAUUAUCAACCAGCACCCUGGUGUAGCAAAGGCGUACUACCUGAGAGGGAAGGCCCAUAAGGAAGUGUGGAAUGAAGCAGAGGCUCGGCAGGACUUCAGCAGAGUGCUGGACCUGGACCCGGGAAUGAAGAAGGCUGUCAAGAAGGAACUGGCGGUUCUCAGCAUGCGCAUGGAAGAGAAGAACCAAGAGGACAAGAACACAUAUAAAGGAAUGUUUUAAACCAUCGAUGGACAACUGACGAGUUUAAUGAGGAUUUUUUUUCACAAUUUCACCCGUUCUGUCACCUAACAUCUACAUAGGUUUUGUAGGAAUACAGAACACAGUCUGAUCCAAUAAACUGGUGCACAAUUUGCAUAUUUUAUCGUUUUGUGUCAAAUGUAAAUCAAAUUUUUUGUUUUUAUGCCUAAAGAUGAUUUUUUUUUAGUCCUACCUGCACGAUCCAUGCACUAAAGGGUUAAAAGUGAAUAUAUCCGAUUAUGAGCGUGGCUCAGCUGAGUUCAUUAUAUUUUUAUUAAACGUGCUAAUGCAAACUUUAUCCUGAAGGUGGCGAUAUACCUACAGUUAUGCCUGAACCCUGCAGUACGCACAUCUUCAUAAUGGGAAUGGCAUUUGUUCAGAUAAAUUGUAAUGAAGUGUCCCACAGUCUGUAUUUGAUGCUGAAAAUAACGUAUUAAAUUAAAUAAAUAUGAGAAUCUUA